AUGCAGCUGCAGAACGGCAAGGAACGAGCUCGCAACUCGACGUCAUCGCUCGUGCCGUCCGCCAGUCCGCCAAAUGCAUCCGCCGUCGGCGGCGCCACAUCUUCCACAUACUUUGGCCACGACCGAGAAGAGGUGACGCGGAUCCUGAUCCAGGCCCUUUCCGACCUGGGUUAUAGCCAUGCGGCCGAGAGCGUGAGCCACCACAGCGGCUUUGCGCUGGAGAGCCAGCCCGUGUCCGACUUUCGUCAGGCCGUGCUGGGCGGCGACUGGGCCGAGGCCGAACAUCUCUUGCUCGGGGCAGCCACUGCCGGGACAGCGUCGUCUGGCUCGGGCGUGGCUGCAAAUGUACCGGGCCUGGUGCUCCUCCCCGAUGCCGACCGCAGCCUGAUGCGGUUCUGGAUACGGCAGCAGAAAUACCUCGAGCUGCUGGAGCAGCGAGAGACGGCCAAGGCGCUCUCUGUGCUGCGCACCGAGCUGGCACCGCUGUACCAGGACACGCAAAAGCUGCACUUUCUGUCGAGCCUGCUUAUGUGCCAGUCGCCCGGCGACAUUAAGAAGACGGCUGAUUGGGACGGUGCGUUUGGACAGUCGCGCCAGCUGCUCUUGUCAGACCUGUCGCGCUUCAUCUCGCCGUCGGUGAUGCUACCGGAGCAUCGGCUCGCCGUGCUGCUGGAGCAGGUCAAGAACUAUCAGGUCUCGGGCUGUGUCUUCCACACGAGCUCGACGUCGCCAUCGCUCUACGCUGAUCACUACUGCGACAAGAGCAACUUCCCGUCACAGGUGAUGUGCGAGCUGCACGACGGCGCGGGCGACGUGUGGCAGGUCCGCUUCUCGCACGACGGCAAGCGGCUGGCCAGCUGCGGAGCCGGCCACUACGUGAUCAUCUGGGAGGUGCCGACGUUCAAGGUACUCCUCAAGCUGGACGGCCAUGUGACGGGCGUGGGCGACAUCUCCUGGAGCCCCAACGACACGAUGCUGGUGUCGUGUGGGCGAGAUAACCAGGCGCGGAUAUGGGACACCCGCACGGGUCUGCUGCUGCGUCUGUUUGAGCGGUUCGACGAGCCGGUCAGCUCGUGUGUCUGGGCCACGGACGGCCUGUCGAUCGUGCUGGGCUCCUUUGAUAAGGACCGGGCGCUCUGCCAAUGGAAUCUCGCUGGCGAGCGGCUCUUCACGUGGACGAAGAAACACCGGACCGAGGGCCUGGCCCUCUCGCCCAACGGCCAGUGGCUCGUGGCGAUGGAUGACAACAAGCUGCUGCACGUGUACAACUUUGUCACGCGCGAGCUAGAGUAUGAGCUGGAGUUGAAGUGUCGUGCCAUGUCGGUGACCAUCAGCGAGGAUUCCCAGUUUAUGCUGGUCAACCGACAGGAUGGCGAGAUCCACCUGUACAACAUUGCGCUGCGCGGAACUCUGAUGCGCAAGUUCGUCGGCGGCACGGGCGGCGAUUGUGUGAUCCGCAGCGCCUUUGGCGGAGCCGACGAGAGCUUCGUGAUCAGCGGGAGCGAUGACGGCAAGCUGAACAUUUGGCACAAGAACAUUGGGGUGCGGUUGUUCAUGCUCGAUGCUCAUAAGCCACGGUGCAACGCAGUCAGCUGGAGUCCGACGGACGCGUGCAUGUUUGCAACAUGUGGCGAUGACAAGAAGAUCAAGAUAUGGUCCAACAGCGAGCGGGUCAGACAAUAUGAGAUGGAUGUAGCGCGCAACGGUGUGGGACCUCGCUCGACGGGCAACGGCUACCUGGUCGACAUAUAG